AUGUCUGUUGUUAAAGAAACAGACACAAUGGUUGAAAAAGAAGUAAAUACAACAUCCACGACAUAUAUCGACCAGAGACAGAUAAAUACGACAUAUAUAAUUGUAAGAACAACGAUACUUGAAGCUUCAAAGACAUACUAUACAGAAACAAUUAUUACUUUUGUCGAAAUGGCUGUUGAUGUAAGAGUUGGAGGUUUAACAAGCACUCAACUCAUUCUUAUUGCAGUAUUUUCAAUGUUUAUGCUAUUUUGUCUUGCAAUUAUUGGUUUAUUCCUAUACAGACAUUCAAGGAAUGAAGCUUCUGAAGAUUCAUUAUCCUCUGAAACACAAGAAACAGAUUUUAGCGAUGAUAAUGAGCCAACAAGAGCUAAUAUCACUGAUAUUGAUAACACAAUUGAAACAGUCAAUAAUGAUAAUGAUUUUGAUGAAGAUGAUAAUUACAUGAAUAAUAUGGACUUCUAA